CAGCCUGCAGAUUAACACGGCUCAGCUCAGGAACAGCUCGCCUCAUUUCGCCUGAACCUACACGGCUCUUUUGUGUCUUCUCCCCGAAACUGAGCGGCUCGGUGCCCGUGUACUGUGAGGAAUGCCCGGAGAGCUGACCCAGGACCGGAUCCAGAAGACCUGGGAGCGGUCCAAGAAUGACCCACCGGCCAACCGAAGAGCGGCCGGUGCCCCCCACUUCGCCAACCCCCCCACCGUCAUCGUGAUGGUGGGUCUACCGGCUCGAGGAAAGACAUACAUGUCCAAAAAACUCACCCGCUACCUCAACUGGAUCGGCCUUCCCACCAAAGUCUUCAAUGUGGGAGAGUACCGCAGGGAAGCAGUGAAGAACUACAGCUCCUACGAUUUCUUCAAGCCCGAUAACGAGUGUGCUGUUAAAAUCCGACAGCAAUGUGCCUUAGCAGCCUUAAGGGAUGUCCACUCCUAUUUGAAGGUCGAGGGUGGCCAAAUAGCGGUCUUUGACGCCACAAACACGACCAGAGACAGGAGAGAGAUGAUCCUCCAGUUUGGAAGUGAGAACGGCUUCAAGAUCUUUUUUAUCGAGUCCGUGUGUGACGAUCCCAGCGUUAUUGCGUCAAACAUCAUGGAAGUGAAGGUGUCCUGUCCAGAUUACCGGGACUGCAACAAGACUGACGCCAUGUUGGAUUUCCAGAGGAGGAUUGAAUGCUACAAAACCAGCUACCAACCUCUGGACCCUGAUCAACAUGACAGGGACCUCUCCUUCAUCAAGGUGAUAGACGUGGGUCGGCGCUUCUUAGUCAACCGGAUCCAGAAUCACAUCCAGAGUAAGAUCAUCUACUACCUGAUGAACAUCCACGUCCAGCCCCGCAGCAUCUACCUGUGUCGGCAUGGAGAGAGCACCGACAACCUGGAGGGGCGUCUGGGCGGGGACUCGGGCCUGUCGCCGCGGGGCAAACAGUUCUCAGCUGCCCUGGCUGGCUUUGUGGAGGAGCAGCAGCUGCAGGACCUGAAGGUCUGGAGCAGCCAGCUGUGCCGCAGCAUCCAGACGGCAGAGCGCCUGUGCGUCCCGUACGAACAGUGGAAGGCUCUGAAUGAGAUCGACGCCGGAAUGUUUGAGGAGAUGACGUAUAACGAGAUGAAGGAGAAGUUCCCGGAGGAGUUUGCUUUGAGAGAUGAAGAUAAAUACUACUAUCGCUACCCUGCCGGAGAGUCCUACCAGGACCUGGUGCAGCGGGUGGAGCCGGUCAUCAUGGACCUGGAGAGACAGGAGAACGUUCUGGUCAUCUGCCACCAGGCCGUCAUGCGCUGCCUGCUGGCCUACUUCCUGGAUAAGAGUGCAGAGGAGAUGCCGUACCUGAAGUGUCCCCUGCACACGGUGCUGAAGCUCACCCCGGUCGCCUACGGCUGCAAAGUGGAGUCCAUCUCGUUGAAUGUGGAGGCGGUGAACACCCACCGAGACAGGCCGGAGGAUGUGAAGAGGGGUCCCGGGACGUUGAUCAGGAGGAACAGUGUGACUCCUCUGACCAGCCCCGAGUCCAACAUCAAGAAACCCCGCAUCGCCGAUCUGGACGAGGCCGGCUUCUCCGAGCUGCCUCCAUCUGUGUCCUCGCCGUCUCUCUGCAGCCCCUCACACACCCCCAUGAGCCUGUCUGGACAGCACUGGCUGGGCAGAGUUUACCGAACCUGAGGAUAAAGACCUCGGCCCUGCACUGACGUGAGGUUCACUGAAGGUCGGACAUGAAACUACAAGCACGAGUUCAGUUGUGAAGAGACACAAGUAACUGUACAUGUUAUUGUUAAAAAAAUGAUGGUUAUUGGUAAAAUUGUUCAUAUCUCAUGUAAAGAAACACUCUUAAAUCCUCCUAUUUUAUAUCUCUUUGAGACUGAAGAACGUCACACAUAUAAUUAUUUUGAAUGGAUUGCUCAGAUGGCUCCAUCUAAACUAUUUUCUACUUGUUUAUAUUUGAGAGACCUAAGACAGUCACAACUACAGAAAUCCUUCUGCCCUUUCUUUUUUUUUUACUUCUGGUUGCACUGUCAAUUUACAUUGUUUUCUUCUUUGCAUUUUAAAUGCAUAUUUUUCUAAUUUGUGUUCAAAAGAAGAUGAUUUAAUUGUAUGCUUACAUUAUAAAAUAAGCGAUUAUUUUUCACAUUGGGGAUACAUUUGUACUUUUGCUUAUUAUUUUGUAUUUUUCAUGUCAUGGAGGUGAUAUCUGCCGUAGUGCCUGUAGCGCUUGUUUUUUCCAAGCCUUACGCCACUCCCCUUGCCAUUUCUAUGGAAUAGAGAUUCCAUAUAUCACUUUAAUAUUUAUUUAAUAUUUAUUUGUCAUCAUGUUUAACGCUACAAUGCAUGUUGAUAAUUUAACAGAGUUCUUAAUUUUUCUUUUUCUUUUUACAAUGUCUGCUCCGCACAAAUGUAACUUCUAUUUUUGUUCUAACGAAGCGUGCUGUUAAUAAUAUGUAAGUGUUCAUACAGUAUAAAUGAAGAGAUACAUGGGAGAGACUUUCUGGAGUCUUAAAAUGAAAAUGUAUGAAGAAGUAUUUUUGUACUGAUGUUUAGAAAGAAGCCUCUGCUUACCUCUCUCUGCUGAAACCGUCGUUAACAUGUUGGCACAAAAUACUUGUCUUUUGUAAAAACUGUUUUAUUAUAUUCUUUAUUUAUUUGUUGUAGUUUUGGAUACUUGGAGGGAGCGGUAGUACCCUGUUUCAAUCUGAGAGGACAGUAUGUUGUACAGUCCUUUUGUAUUUGCUGGGCCAAUAAAAACAACUGCUAAAAAUAUAA